GAAGACACUUGGAUGGAUAGAGGAAUCUGGGAUAUUCUGUCGACGUGUAUAGUUGCACUUCUGACUGUUCUUCCAUCUACAAUGAAAGUUAGAAUUACCGUACUUGUCUUCCUAUGUCUUAUUUUCAUACUUUUACUUGGGAGGUCCGAGUGCUUCAAGAAGAGAGGGCCAAUGGUGACAGCAAAGGUGUUCUUGGACAUCAGGAUUGGUGAUCAGGAUGUUGGCAGAAUUGUGAUUGGAUUAUUUGGGAAGGUUGUGCCAAAGACUGUAAAAAACUUCAUGGCACUAGCUGCAGGAGAGUUUGAAUACAGCUAUAAAGGAAGCAAAUUUCAUCGUGUGAUAAAAGAUUUUGUGAUCCAAGGUGGAGAUAUUACUACAGGAGAUGGAAAUGGAGGUAUCAGUAUAUAUGGGAAUACAUUUCCAGAUGAGAACUUCAAGCUGAAACAUUAUGGGACAGGAUGGGUCAGCAUGGCCAAUGCAGGUCCAGACACAAAUGGCUCACAGUUCUUCAUCAUCAUGUCAAAGGCUUCUUGGUUGGAUGGAAAGCAUGUGGUAUUUGGCAAGGUCAUUGAAGGAAUGAGUGUGGUACAUGGCAUCGAACUUCAACAAACAGAUGAUAACCUUCCAUUAAAGGACUGCAUUAUAGUAAACAGUGGCACAAUUCAUGUUAAAGAACCAUUUGUAGUUGAAGUUGAUGAUUGGUAGACAGUGACCUAUAGCAAACACUAUCUACUUUGGAGACCAGCCUGGAAAAUAAAAUCUUUACUUUUGAAUGCAAAAGAACGGCCUUCAAUCUCAGUAUUAAGAUGAUUUAUAAAACCUUGAAAAUUAAUAUUUUUUUCACUCUUUGCAAGUUUUACCAUUUUUUAAAUAAAAAGAAAUUAUAAUUUUUAGUAUUGCCAAAAUAAAUGACUGUACAUAUAAAAUCAA